AUGCAUCCAACAACGGCAAGGAAAAAGUCCUUACGCAUAAUAGAUAUUGCAAACGCGGACAAAAUUAAUAAACUCGUUGUGAAAGAUAUCAAGCCUGGUCAAAAACUGUGCCCAAAAUGUUCAUCUCAUCUUGGAAGUAUCGAUGAUAGUUGCAUCGAAGAAGAUGAAGAGUAUAAGCCUGAAGUUGAGGACAAGUUACAUAAUCUUGCCGCCACAUUUAGCUCCCUUGGUUGCACUCCAGUUAAGACUAAAUUCGCACAGAGAGACCGUGCGGUGCAUGCCAAACGAAAGGUUAAAGAAGCGCAGACGGCUAUUACUGACGAAGUUGCUCGUAGUUUAAAUGUUGACUCCAAUGAACUUCAAACGUGUCAAAAGUGCACAGACCUUGAAGCAAUUAUAGAAGUGAUCAAAGAAAAAUGCUCCACUUCAAACAUGGAAGCCACACUAAAACUUAUCACUCUUGCGCCGCCUUCUUGGACAAUAGAAAAAACCGCAAACGAGUUCG